UCAAUAUGCACCUUUAUUGAUUGUUAUUAUUGCUAUUUACAGCAAUCGGUUUUCAGACAGAAGAUUGGUUAAAAGUUAUUGAAAGAAAGUCUGUGUCAUUGGCGUUUGACCAAAGUUUAUACUUAAAUUGAACCUUAUGUGAGCAUUUAAUAAGCAUUUAAUAAUGCAGCGGCUAGCAUUGAAACGAAUAUUCGGUACUAUGGCGUCGCUUAAGCCAGUUAGUACAUCAUUACCUAAAUAUGGCGUUGGUAGUCAGCCUUUCACAGUUUUCAUUGAAGGAAAUAUUGGUAGCGGAAAGACUACUUUUAUUGAGCAUUUUAAAAAGUUCGAGGAUAAAGUAUGCGCCAUUGCAGAACCGGUAGACAAAUGGCGAAAUUUCAAAGGGCAUAAUUUAUUGGAAUUGAUGUAUAUUGAUCCGGACCGUUGGGCUAUGCCCUUCCAGUCGUAUGUGAUGCUGACAAUGUUGGAGCGACAUACGCAAAUCACAGACAAACCAAUUAAGAUUUUGGAGCGUUCUUUGUACAGUGCCAAGUACUGCUUCGUAGAGAAUUUGCAUAAAAGCGGUCUUAUACAUGAUGGCAUGUAUGAAAUUUUGAAACAAUGGUAUAAUUAUGUAGAGGACAUUACGCACGUUCAAGCGGAUUUAAUUGUAUAUUUGCGUACAACACCAGAAGUAGUGUAUGAACGAAUACGGAAAAGAGCACGGUCUGAGGAGGCAUGUGUACCUCUGGAGUAUAUAAAACAACUACACGAGCUUCAUGAGGAUUGGUUGAUUCGAAAUCGAGUAGGCCACAAUAUAAAGGUAUUGGAAAUCGAGGCAGAUUUAGAUCUAUCUGAAAUUGAUAGGGAAUACAAGCGUUCGGAAAGUGUAAUUACGGCUACAAUGCAACAACAGACACAAAGACCAGCAGUGACAGCUUCUCCUAGCAAACGAUCGGACUAUUUAGGCUAAUGUAAAGUGCACUUUUUUAAAAUUAGCUUCAUUUCCUAAUAUAAAAUUAACCGGACAUACAUCAUUUGUAAUUUUAAGCAUCACUAAAUAUAACCUCGAAAUAAGCUAUGGACUAUA